AAAAAAUUUGUUUAUUGUUUUCUUCUUCCUCCGCCCAUCCAUUUAUUCGGUGCCUGUUUUAAGCCCAUCUCUUCCUUUCAAUCGCCUUUCUUUUGUUUAUUUUUCUCAAUUGCAUUGACCAUCUUGCCCUUCACCUGUCGAAUUAGAUCCCAUUUCAAGUCUCUCCAAUCUUUGUUCUUCGAUCCGCAUAGAGAAUCGAUUACUUCAAAUUCUUAGUACAGAAGAGAAAUCCAAGGAAUUUUUUUUAGUUAUGUUGGGGACAGGAUUGGAAUUUAGGAGAGUUCGUGGAGAAGAUCGGUUUUACAAUCCGGCCAAGGCGAGGAGAGCGAACCAGAAUCAGCAAACCGAUCAACUACAGAGAGCUCAAAGCGAUGUUACGCCGACUCAAUCAAAGGAUAAACCGGUGGUGGCGCAUAUGAACCGGCAUUCGGAAAAGGGGGUUGGUUCAACUGACCAUCCUAAACCGAUGCUGGUUUCCGCUUUUGAACCGGUUGUUUCUCCUUUGAGUAAUUUAGAGCGGUUUUUGGACUCGAUCAUGCCUUCCGUUCCUGCUCUUUAUCACUCGAAGACGACGAUGAGAGGGUGGCGGAGGUGUGACGUGGAAUUUCAGCCAUAUUUCGUGUUAGGUAAUUUAUGGGAGUCAUUCAAAGAGUGGAGCGCAUAUGGAGCAGGAGUCCCACUAAUUUUGAAUGACUGUGAUUCCGUUGUUCAGUAUUAUGUACCUUAUUUAUCUGGCAUUCAAAUAUAUGCCGAUUCCAUGAAGCUGUCUGCCAAGUCAAGGCAGCCAGGUGAGGACAGUGAUAGUGAUUUUAGGGACUCAAGCAGUGAUGGUAGUAGUGAUUGUGAACCUGAAAGAGGAGCAAAUGUUUUGAGGGAAAAAAGAAAUCAUCACAUGGCAAGUGAGAUAUCUCUUAGGAUGGAUAGAUUAUCCAUGGGAGAUCAGCAGAUUGCACUUCAAGAAGACUUGUCUAGUGAUGAGGGUGAAUCUGUCAAUUCUCAGGGUUGUUUGAUUUUUGAGUAUCUUGAACGAGACCCUCCUUAUAGCCGAGAACCUUUGGCUGACAAGAUUUCAGAUCUGGCCUUCCGGUUCCCUGAACUGAAGACUCUAAGAAGCUGUGAUUUACUAUCUUCCAGCUGGAUUUCUGUUGCAUGGUAUCCAAUUUACAGAAUACCUACUGGACCUACCUUAAAAGAUCUAGAUGCUUGCUUUCUGACUUACCAUUAUCUUCAUACACCCAUAGAAGGUGGACAAAGUGCUCAGGCACCAGUUCUAACAUAUCCCAAUGACAUGGAUGGUGUUCCGAAGAUGUCUUUGCCUGUUUUUGGUCUUGCUUCAUACAAGUUCAAGGGUUCCUUGUGGACACCUAAUGGAGCAAGUGAUCGUCACUUGGCAAACAACCUCUUUCAGGCUGCUGACAAUUGGUUGAGACUUCUUCAGGUCAAUCAGCCAGAUUUCACAUUUUUCUGCCGCAGGUGAUAUUCAGAUAUUUCUGUAACAGUAGUACUCCUGUCAUUCCAGAAGUGAAGUGCAAUAAUUACUUGUCGAACAUCACCUGCAAAUUAUAAUCCCUCCGUUUUGGAGGUCAAGGCCAAAAGUUCAGUUUGGGGUGAUUGUCUUUUGUAAUAGUUUAUAAAAAUUGAGAAGAAAAAGUCUUAACACAGAAUGCUUUGGAGUGGAAGUGAAGAAGUGAGCUUUUGCAAUAAGGCUUUAGUGGAAAUGAAUGGAGAAAAUUUAGAGUUAGAAGCUGAUGGAGAGCUGAGCUCAGCUAGUGUAAAGGUGGUUUCACUUGCUAUCAGCAUAUGUUAGUUAUAUCUUGCUUGUUUUGUUUCAUGUUUUUAUUUAUAACUAUGGUUAAGUUGUGGAAAACCAGGCCUUUUUUUCCUGUCCUGAUGAUCAAAAUGUAGGAUUUCGUGUUUUACUUAACAUUUAAAGGGGAUUUUGGUAGGGUCGUUGUAUAAGUGCCGGCUUUGAGCUAUCCCAGAUAUGUGUUGUAAUGCUAACGUUAAUUAAUUAAUCAUCAGAAAGAACAGUGUGUUUAGAGAAUUGGUAUUAAUGAACCGAUAUGAUUAGGUAAUUGGUGUU